AUGAAUUUGUCUUCCAGGGAACUCGUCCACGUGAUCCGCCACUUGGCCAAUGCCUUGUGGGAAGCCAAGCUGAAAAUUGUGCUGGUGAUCCCCCCAGCCAUCUCUGCAGGGACCAACCAGCCAGGAAUGUUUGGGAAGCAGGAUUUUGAGCAGCUGGCCCCCGUGGUGGACGCUUUCAGCCUCAUGACGUACGACUUUUCGAAUCAGCAUCGACCCGGUCCCAACUCUCCAAUCCCCUGGAUACAAGCCUGCGUUCAGACGUUGGACCCAGAUGCAGUUUGGAGAAGUAAGAUUCUCUUGGGGCUGAAUUUCUACGGGAUGGACUAUGGUAUCCUUGGAGGGACAGCAGAGCCCAUUGUCGGGCACAGGUAGGGCAUACUGUCGGUCUGGAUUCAGCA